UAUCUAUUUCUGAUUGAGUCGUGAUGCUCUUGAUUCAAGAUUCUACCAAGAAUCAAGAAUGUUUGACUCGUUUCAGCGCACGUGACCCCACUACCACCGUACCUCCACAAAUUUCUCCUCGCGUUUGAUUCGAGUAGGUGACCCAACGAUACACAACCAUCGAAUACGUUCCCAGAGCACGGAGACUCAAGUUGUGACUUUUGCUCCUCAGCCACUCAACUCUUUGGCUCUGACUCGCAAGGAUCAGUAAGUGGCGUCCAAGAUUGGCGAUGUCGUGCUGGCGAGCACCGAGGCUGCGGCCUUUGCUGAGUGCGAGACCUUCUGAAUGCUGCGACGUGCACUCGGGAGGUGACAAAGGACGUCGUAAUUCGACUGUCCGCCUUGCGUGCGUACAUUCAUCUUUCCGAGGAAUAUCACUGCCAUCACCAAUCAAGAGCAGGGCUGGCUUCAGCAGCGCUACCCUCGCCUCUUCUGCGUCUUCGCCCUCCAAUCCAGCGAGUCCAGCUCCAAAGGAUGGAGAGGGCACUUCAGGAAAAGGGGAUGGAGGAAGCGCAGCGUGGAUCCUCAGGCGGUCCUUCAACUUUUUAGGCUGGUCAGCCGUCGUCAUCUUUGCAUUCUCUAGCACUACUGGUAUUUCGUACAUCAGCGGAGGUAGCAUGCUACCAACACUUCAAGGCCGCACAAAGUCACGCCAAGGCGACAUUGUGCUUCUCUCCAAGCUGCAAAGCAUAAGCACCGCUUCGUGGACAUCAGAAAAGGCUCGUCGGAGACCCGCAUUCGCGCGUGGCAGCAUUGGCGGCGCGGCGGGGAGGGGCUUAGAGUCGGAUUCAGAAGGUGAUCUGGAAACGCUCGUAGGGUCGCCGGAAACAGCGGGCGCAAUUUACAAUGAUGCUGGCACGGAUGCAGAUUCCAAAGCGAGCGGCAACAGCAAAAGUGCGUGGAGAAAUGAUGGGAAUAGACCUGGAGCAUAUGGGGGCGAUUGGAAUAUAGGCGACAUCGUGGGGCUGCACUCACCCCAAGAUCCAAACCUGCACCUGGUCAAGCGCAUCCUGGCCCUUCCGGGAGAUACCAUUACGCUUUCUGUCUCUUCCGACGCAGCGGCAGGGAGCGCCUCGAGGUUCAGCUCCUCCUCAGAAGAGCAGCGCGGGCAAAAAAGGAUUCGAAUACCUCUAGGACACGUGUGGGUGGAAGGAGAUGCGGCCGGCACUGAAAUAGCCCGAGGCAGAGGCGGCCUGCCGGAGCAAAAGAGCCUGGACAGUCGGAGCUUUGGACCGGUCCCAAUCGCGCUUCUCACUUCACGCGUCGUCUGCAUCGUCUGGCCGCCUUCGCGCUGGGGAGCUCCAGCAGAUCGCCCGAGCGCCUCCACAUCUAUGCGCUACACCUCUUCCGCAAUCACCUCACGGACCGAGCGUCUGCCCACCAGUGUGCAGAGCAGCACCCUACCCCCGAGCCUUGGCGUCCCGAUCGAGGAAGAUUCACGACUGAGCCCAUACACGGAGGACCUGGAAGCGGAUGUGUCUGGAACCAUCAGCGAUACCGGGAAAGAGAAAGACGAGAGGAGGCGCAAGAGAGACGAGAAGCGGGAAAGGAGGCGGGGAGAGUUCAGAGAUGCUUGGAACGCUUUGAGCAGGGGUGGACAGCUUGGCGAUGACGCUGCCAAUGCCGAGAUCGGCGCAUGAACCCAUAGCCGCUUGAAAGCAGACCCAGAGGCGCCCCUCUGCCUACCAGCGCAGCCACCCUUGUGUUCGUUGGCAUGCAUUGGCUUCGUUGCUAGGUGACUUCGACAUGGAACGUGUAUGGGGCCUCAGUAGGGCGUGCCAGCGUCUGGGAAUGGAAAGAGGUCGAAGGGGCUCAAGUGAAUCAUUACAAAGCUGACUGGAUGAAGUGUGCGCUCGGUGCGCGAAGACGGUGUGUACGCCACAGCAGCCAAUGGUGAAAGUCAAGUGUCCUUGCGGGCUGCAACUAUACCUUCUGCUGGUCAUCCACAGCCCCGGCUUCCAGUUUCUGUGCAGCAUCGGCUUGAUGACUGAGGUGUGCGGCCGCUGUGCCAGCGGGAACGACGGUAGAGGCAGCGACCUCGUCGCUAUUUGAGGGUGCGCUCGCCAAAGCUUCCAUCUCCUGCUGAGCCAAAUGUCUAGCCUGUUCCAAUGACAUUUCCUC